AUGCUGUCAAAAUCUAGAUCUUACGUUUCAAUUGCUUGUGAUAAUUGUCGUAAACGUAGAAGAAAAUGUAAUGGAGAACUUCCGUGUCAUUAUUGUUCAGGGAAAAACAAACCAUGUGUAUAUGACAAGACCAAAGAUAAACGAAGACGACGAGUAGAUUUAGUUUAUGUUGAUUAUUUAGAACACAAGUAUAACAAUCUACUCAAUUUUGUCAAAAGAAUACGAUCAACUACUAAAGAUGAACGAUUACGUGCUCAAUGUAAUGAAAUGUUGGCUAAUAAUGAUCCCAAAUUCAUUGAUAAUAAAGAUCUUGGAUUAUCAAAUGAUGAGCUGACCCAUAACAAUCAAUCCGACAAACAACAAAAGGAGAUCAUUCAAUUGGAUAACCCUAUGGAUGAGUUGGUGUCUAUGAAAUGGGAAUUGAAAUUUGAUGAAUCUGGCAAUACAAAGUUCUUGGGUCCUCCAGUUCGACAAGUUGACCGAUGUUUGGUCAAAGACAGUAUGGUAGCCAUGGAAGACCCCGAAAGAGUAUCCUAUUUUAAUGAAACAGUAUUGGCAGACACAGAAUUCAUGAAAGAACUAAUAAACACAUUUUUUCAAAAUUUGUUGCCAUUUAAUUUAGUACUUGAAGAGAUCAAUGUUGACGAGAUUACCCGAGAAAUCACAUCAAUGACAGGUAAACGUAGCUGUUACGAAGCAGUGAGUUGUUUACAUUUAUUAGCAUUGGCUAUUUUAGCUUAUGGAUUUAGUAUACUACCAAAAGAUCAUCCCUAUUUCCAAAACUUAAACGGAUGGAACCCAUUUUUGUCAAUAGUUGAAAGAUCAUUAUUUAAACUACUUCGGAAAUCAUCUCACACAACCACUGGUAAUUUAAUUGAUCAUUCACAUAUAGUUUACACCAUUUUGAUUAUUACAAUUUUGCAUUUGGGAAAUUAUGAUGAAUCUCAGGCUUGGGUUUAUUCCUCAAUACUUUGUUCUCAGAUUCAACAUGUUGGUUGGAAUGUUUCAACUGAUUAUCCACUGGAAUCGAAUGACCUAUCUAAAUUCAGAUCAAAACUAUUUUGGAAUUGUUUAGUGGUGGAAAAGAUAUCGGCAUCGAUGUUUGGACGUAGUUCACCAAUAAAUUUCCGACAACUUUUAACAGAUUUCUACACUUCAGAAACUAAAGAUAUCAAUGAACUUGUUUUCCAAUUCAAUAGUAAACUUUGGUUUAUAUAUGAUAAGUUUAUGGGACAGGUUUAUUCAUUUCAUUUCAACACCCAGAAUAAAAUGCUAUAUAAAAAAGUCUUAAUGACGGCAACUCAAAGUUUCCAAGAUUUCCAAGGAUUUAUGAAUCAAUAUUUGCCAUUAAAUGAAACUAACCUUGACAACCAGAAUAUAAUCUUACUACAUUUGACUUUCCAUGUGUUUUUAUUGUUAAUAAUUCGUCCAUAUAUGAAAAUGCCAGAGAUUGCUGGGUCCAUAUUUCAGAAAAGUAUAUCUAUUACCGAACAGUGUUAUAUUCUUAUAAACCAAUAUAAUAGCAAAUUUGGCAAUGGAGUGACAACAGGAUGGUACAAUUGUCAUUAUGGGUUUUUAUUGUAUCAAGUUUCAGUGUUCUUGUUAUGUGCUAUUCCUGUACAUGAUUCUGUUGGCCCUCCAGGACAACACAAUGUAUUAAUUCAACGUUUGCAUUUAUUUUUACAAUGUUUGAAAAAUGGAUCAAAAUAUUUACCUGUUUAUAAUGUCUAUUACCAAACUUUGUUAAACAUAUUUAAUAAUAUGACUCUCGAUGAGGAAAUUUCGAUUUUGGUGAGACAAGCGUAUGAAAAUGAAUCAAUUGAAGUGAAGACAAGUAGUGUUGAAAAAGAAGAUUUGGUACUUGAUUUUGAUCAAGAUUGGCAAUCAUACGUGAACUCUUUAAACUUAGAGUUGAAUCAAGAUGUCUAUAGUUAUUUAGAAGAAGGCAUACUUGAUAUGUUAUGA